AGCACUUUACAGCAUCCAAUAAUCACAAUAAAUUAACUUAAUUGUGAAUGAAUUUCUUUUAAGAAGCAGAACAGUUUUGUACACAACGCUGGACAGAAAUUUUCUUGGCAAAUUUUAAUAAAUUACUGAAUAAAAAUAUAUACGGAUUUUUGUAACUGAAAAAGGACCAUAAAUAUCCGAAAAAUUUCAGCAAGAGGAUCUUUUCUAGCGACCAACGCAAACAAGCAGGAGGGGUUUACUUACAAAAAUGGCCACCAGCGAUAUCAGUAGUUCCAACGAACGCCACUAUUAUGCAAAACUUGAAGCUAUCAAAGAUAUACGAGAUAAAACCAUAGCAUUGGAAAAAUUAAAAGUGAAAAUUGUUAAAGAAGUAAAAAUAAGCGACGAUGAGGAAAAAUGUCUCGAUGAGUAUCGUAAAGAAAUGGAACAUUUGCUCGAGGAGAAAAUGUCUCACGUCGAAGAACUGCGACAAAUUCAUGCUGAUAUAAAUGACAUGGAAAAUAUAAUUAAACAAACCAAGGAAAAUCAAACGCGUUCCGUUGACAUGGCCAAUCGCGUAUAUGAAGAA